CGGGGCACUGGGCCGGGCCCCUGAGCUGGUCUCUCUGCCCGGCCUGGCUCGACUGUGGUCCCCAGGGCCCCCAGCCCCGCGAUGAUGGCCGAAGAGCACACGGACCUGGACACCCAGAUCGUCAACGACAUUCACUUCAAGGAGAUCGACCUGGUGAACCGAGACCCCAAGAACAUUAACGAGGACAUUGUCAAGGUGGACUUCGAGGACGUGAUCGCGGAGCCAGUGGGCACCUACAGCUUCGACGGCGUGUGGAAAGUGAGCUACACCACCUUUACCGUCUCCAAGUACUGGUGCUACCGCCUGCUGUCCACGCUGCUGGGCGUGCCGCUGGCCCUCCUCUGGGGCUUCCUCUUCGCCUGCAUCUCCUUCUGCCACAUCUGGGCAGUGGUGCCAUGCAUCAAGAGCUACCUGAUCGAGAUCCAGUGCAUCAGCCACAUCUACUCCCUGUGCAUCCGCACCUUCUGCAACCCUCUCUUCGCGGCCAUGGGCCAGGUCUGCAGCAACAUCAAGAUGGUCCUGAGGAAAGAGACCUAAAGCCAGGUGGGGCCGGGGCGGGAGUGGGCGCAGCUGGCAGGGCAGGGGGGAAAUCGGGCCAGGCUGGUCCCCUGGUCCUGCUCCACAGGGCCGCUGGAGAGUUCCUCCCCCUCAGACGGGAGCACACCGUGUAGGGAAAGAACAGACAGUCCAGUGCAGGAGUCCCGAGGCCCUGACUCCUCCACCGCACCGCAGAGCCCCAGGGACGGCCUGAGGGAAGAGGGCCUGCUAAGAGGCAGCUACCGCAAGUCUUUGCGUCUAUGUGUACUGUAACAGCAUAACCAGCAUUGGUUCCCCGGGGUCAACCUGUCCCCACACGCCCAGCAGCAA